UAGGCGUGAUCGGUCCCAGGAACUUUCGUCCGACAGGAGUUGAGCUGCGUUCAGACUCAUCCUGAUGCUGCUAGAAAAUUCUCGAACUUUCUGCGCGGGUAUAAACUAGAAUGGGUCCCAAGCGGAGCUGACAGAACGGUAGCGUUCUUCAACAGUAAGUGUGCAGUUCAGGUUAGGCAACCGGACCAGCGCAUUUAAAGAGAACUACCCGUCUACCUUGUGAAUUUGAUUGGCAGUCAGCACAGGCUCAAGCAAGGGAACUUUAAACUAUUUCUCGCAGCUAUUCGGUAUUAACACACCGACAGCUAAAUGGUCAAAAUGGGUAAAGACUACUAUAAUGUUCUGGGCAUACAGAAAGGGGCGACGGAGGACGAGAUCAAGAAGGCUUAUCGCAAGCAGGCUCUGCGUUACCACCCGGAUAAAAACAAGUCUCCCAAAGCCGAGGACAAGUUUAAAGAAAUAGCUGAAGCUUAUGACGUCCUGAGCGACCCAAAGAAAAAAGACGUUUACGACCGAUUCGGCGAAGAAGGGUUGAAAGGAGGAGGCACCCCAGGAGGAGGGGGUGUUCCCGGGGGCCCUAGUUUCAGCUACUCCUUCCAAGGCGACCCCCACGCCAUCUUCGCCGAGUUCUUCGGGGGCCGGAGCCCCUUCGACCAGUUCUUCCCCCGAAACGGUGGGGGCCCAGAUGGGGACAACAUGGACACUGACGAUCCCUUCGCCCGUUUUGGGAUGGGGGGCGGUGGCAUGGGGGGGUUCCCCCGUUCCUUCAGCACAGGGAUGGGAGGAGGGGGGAUGGGGGGGCAGAUGGUUGAGAAGCACCAGGACCCACCCGUGCUCCACGACCUCAGGGUGACCUUAGAGGAGGUGCUCUCAGGCUGCACUAAGAGAAUGAAGAUAUCCCACAAGCGGCUGAACGCAGACAGACGGACCCUCCGGAUGGAGGACAAGAUCCUGGAGGUGGAGAUAAAGAGGGGAUGGAAGGAGGGGACGAAGGUCACCUUCCCUAAAGAGGGGGACGAGACGUCGACUAACAUCCCGGCAGACGUGGUGUUCGUGGUCAAGGAUAAGCCACACCCGGUGUUCCGGCGAGACGGCUCUGACAUCGUUUACCCCGCCAAGGUCUCCCUCAGAGAGGCGCUGUGCGGAUGCACGGUCAUCGUCCCCACGUUGGACGGCAGGACAGUAACCGUGACGACAGGGGACGUGGUGCGUCCGGGGAUGAAACGCCGCAUCACGGGGGAGGGGCUUCCUCUGCCCAAGCGGCCCGAUCGCCGCGGUGACCUGCUGGUGGAGUACGAGGUUGCGUUUCCGGAGAGACUGAGUCAGAGUGCCAAGGAGACCAUCGCACAGGUGCUUCCACCCUAGUCCUGAUAGCUAUAAACUAUGAACGUCUUCAGGACAAAACGGACGGAGCAGACGAACAGUGAAAAGCAACAUGUGGCUCUCCUCCCUAUCGCCUCUGACCAAAGAACAUUUAUCGCCGCCAUUUUCUGUUCCUUUCCAGACGAUUGUUGAGUGUUGAAUCGCCAUCGUUCGUCGACACCCAUCAGGUGACCUACUGCGCACGGCCAACUUUCGUUACGGUGUCUCUUGUCCUUUAGUUGAGGAAACUGUCACUCUGGACCUCGUGAGUCCACUUCAGAACCACUAGUGAACUGAGGAAACUCACUUUGGACCUCGUGAGUCCACUUCAGAACCACUUGUGAACUGAGGAAACUGUCACUCUGGACCUCGUGAGUCCACUUCAGAACCACUAGUGAACUGAGGAAACUGUCACUCUGGACCUCGUGAGUCCACUUCAGAACCACUUGUGAACUGAGGAAACUGUCACUCUGGACCUCGUGAGUCCACUUCAGAACCACUAGUGAACUGAGGAAACUGUCACUCUGGACCUCGUGAGUCCACUUCAGAACCACUAGUGAACUGAGGAAACUGUCACUCUGGACCUCGUGAGUCCACUUCAGAACCACUUGUGAACUGAGGAAACUGUCACUCUGGACCUCGUGAGUCCACUUCAGAACCACUAGUGAACUGAGGAAACUGUCACUCUGGACCUCGUGAGUCCACUUCAGAACCACUAGUGAACUGAGGAAACUGUCACUCUGGACCUCGUGAGUCCACUUCAGAACCACUAGUGAACUGAGGAAACUGUCACUCUGGACCUCGUGAGUCCACUUCAGAACCACUAGUGAACUGAGGAAACUGUCACUCUGGACCUCGUGAGUCCACUUCAGAACCACUAGUGAACUGAGGAAACUGUCACUCUGGACCUCGUGAGUCCACUUCAGAACCACUAGUGAACUGAGGAAACUGUCACUCUGGACCUCGUGAGUCCACUUCAGAACCACUAGUGAACUGAGGAAACUGUCACUCUGGACCUCGUGAGUCCACUUCAGAACCACUAGUGAACUGAGGAAAACUUGCAACCCAUAUUAUUCAAAAAGCAUCUUAGAGUAGUUAUGCUAAUAAUACAUGUGACUACAUGGACAGGGGGGCACCUGAUCCCAGAUCAGCACUACUGCACUGUAGAACCAGAGACCAUCAAAUAAAUGUUGUUUGGCUUCCUUUA